CAUUAUAUUUGGCAAACAAACCACAGAAAUAUCUCCUCCUCUCUCUUUCCCCUCACACUCCUCUCUCCCUUCUGUUUUCCCUUGUGCUCUCCUAUUUCCCUUACUUAUCCUCAGUAGAGAUCCAUUGGUAUGAGUUAGUUUUUUCUUCUCAAGUUUGAUCUGGGUCUUCUCCAUCCCAACAAAAUCUCAAUCAAAAUCUCUCUUUUUUGUUGCCCAACCUAUCAAAAUCCAAUCUUUUGAAGACCCUUUUAGCUAUUUCCUUUGAAGCUUGUUAGAUUUCGAUGCAUGGGUUAUAAGGUGAAGUUUCAAUGGAAGAUGGUUUCUUAUGAGACUGCAUAAUAGUUUCUUGAUCCGUUUCCAAUUGGGUUUUUUGAUUUAAUGGGUAGAGGAAGAGGGAAAGGGAAGAAAUUGACAGGAGCCACAACUCAUGAAGAUCCCGGGAGUGGCAAUGAAGAACCAUUACCUCCAUAUAAGAGAAGGGGAAGACCUCAGAAACCUCUGAAGGAUGAUAUAGAUGAAGAAGAGGUUGCAAAGAUUGAAGAAGAGGAAGUUAAUCCUAAACUCGUUUCACCUGUUAAAGAAACAAAAGGGGUGCCUACUGUUGAGAAUGGUAAAAGGAGAAAGAGGCAACCUGUAGUAAAAGAAAAUUCUGAUUCAAUUCAUGAGGAAAAUGGCACCGGGUUAAGUACUACGACAGAGGAAUCGAUGAAGAAGAAUGGUUUUAGGCAAAAUGGGAGUCGCAGGAAGAACAAGCCUCGGAGAGCAGCUGAAGCUGGAGUUGAGUUCAAAUGAGAUUUGGUUUAUAGUCCUGAUCUUCGAUGUGCCCUCAAUGGUUUUAUCUUUUCCUUCCUGAUUUUGUCUUUAGUUUUCUUUUGUUCUCAUUUUGAUGCUAGAAACUGGCUAUAAGGUAUUAGGUAUUUCCUUUAGGUCUAUUGUAUCUUCUAUCCUCUGCAGUAUUAUAAACAUAAGCGCAUCUAUCAUUGUUCACUUGCUUCUCACUGGCUGCUACCAUUUUACUAUAAUUGGAACUUGGUAACUGGUAUAGAUUUUUGAUUUAAUUGAA